AUGCACUGCUAUACCAUCAUACAGGACUUCACGUACACUGACCCCAGAGAGAGAGAGAGGACAGUCCGCUUUUCGCUCUGUUGCCUCUCAGAUUUGAUGCGAACCAUCAUCCUCCGACCCCGGACGCGCCGGUUUCUCGCCGCUCUGGCCAUAGUGGGUGUGAUUGUCUGCGUGCUGUUUGCAACAGCUCCGCCGCCUCCUGAGACCUCGGAAGGCCAAAGCGAGGAGCUGAUUGGUUCACCAGAGCAGAUUGCUGAACUCCGACGCGAGCAGCACGAGCAGCUGCAGAACUUCCGCCAAGAGCAGCUCCGGCUGCAACAGCAGCAGCAUGUGCAACUCCAAGAGCACCUCCCGCCGGUGGUGCCAGAACGCGGUGCACAUCCACCGCCGCGGCUGCGUCAGAACGACAUGCAGCUCCCAGAGCUACUGCCCCAGCCACCGGCCCUUGGGCCCCGCCACCAGCCAGCGUUUGACGAGCAGGCACAGCAUGAUUCGCAGGCUCGCGAUCUGCAGCAAGCACAGGCGCAGGUCGCUCAAGAGCAACCGUCGCCGCGUAUUCAUGCAUUCUACUAUGCGUGGUACGGCGCACCCGAGUAUGACUCGGUGUAUCUGCAUUGGAACCACAAUGUCAUCAAUGGCAACCACAAGUACACUCCCCCGGAGCAGAUUGGAGCCAACUUUUACCCGCAGCUGGGGCCGUACUCCUCCAUCAAUCCCGCCGUGGUGGAUUUGCACAUGCGACAGAUGAAGGAGGCAGGAAUUGCUGUUCUGUCGCUCUCGUGGUAUCCACCAGGCCUCGCGGACGAUCAAGGCAUCUUCAACAAGGCUCAUAACGACUUGGUUCUAGAAACUGCGGCCAAGUAUGGGCUGCAAGUCUGCUUGCACAUCGAGCCAUUCAAAAACCGCGACGGCCCAUCAACGCGCGCAGCUUGGAUUGAGUUUCUCGACUUGUAUGGCGGGCAUCCCGGACUGUUCCGCGAUGCUACGCGUGGCAAUUUGCCUUGGAUUUAUGUCUACGACUCGUACCAGACGCCUUCGGCGAGCUGGAAGCGCGUGUUUGGUCGAACAGGCGAUCUGACCGUUCGAGGGACCAAGUACGACGUUGUCGCAAUUGGGUUGCUCGUCAACCAAAACGACAAGCAAGACUUGCUCUCUGGAGGCUUUGAUGGCGCCUACUCGUACUUUGCGACGGAUGGCUUCACGUACGGCAGCACAACGCGUCAAUGGGCGGACAUUGCGCGUUGGGCAAGUUCCAACCGCUUCAUUUGGGUGCCAAGCGUCGGACCUGGAUACAGCGAUCUGCGCAUUCGGCCCUGGAAUCCUGCAAACCAGCGCGGACGCGGUGACGGCAAGUAUUACGAAGACAUGUGGAAGGCUGCGUUGAGUGUGAAACCGGAAGUGGUGUCCAUCACAUCGUUCAAUGAGUGGCAUGAAGGCACACAAAUCGAGCCUGCCGUCAAAUUCAGCACGACGACCGACCCACCCUUCUCGUACGAGUACUACCCGAACGACGACCCAAUGUUCUACUUGCGCCAAACCAAGUAUUGGGUGGACGAGUUUUUGAAACAGUCAGGAUGAACGAAACAGCUCGAAACAGCUCGACC